UGAAGUAGGCAUAUCUGGGAAUCUUUGUUUACAUGUUCAAGGAUCACUGAAUGUAGAGUGGGCUUUGGGAGACAAUUGGGCUUCUUUGGUAAAAUAAAUUUCUAUCAAAAGCAAUUAUUUUAAGAGCGGGAGAAAAAAGGGAAGGGAGAGUACGUCACUCAGGAGGAGGGUCGCGGAGAAAAAUGAGCUUGCCUGAACUCCUCACGUGUAGAGAGACAGACUGCCAGGGAUCAGGUUCUUCUCAGCGGGGGCUCAUCUCUCCUGGCGGCUGGCCGUGAUGCAGGAGGCAGCUGGAGUCCUGAAGGAGGGCUUCCUCGUCAAACGGGGACAUAUCGUUCAUAACUGGAAAGUAAGAUGGUUUGUUCUGCUUCAGGAUAAGCUCCUGUACUAUAAACUUGAAGGAGGCAAGAAGGAGUCUUCUCCAAAGGGCAGGAUCCUCUUGGAUGGCUGCACUAUUACUUGUCCAUGCUUGGAAUAUGAGAACAGACCGCUACUCAUCAAACUAAGGACAAAAACCAACACAGACUAUUUCAUUGAAUGUUGCUCCAGAGAGGAGCGAGAUUCUUGGGCUUUGGACAUCACUGGAGCCAUUCAUGCUGGUCACCCAGUGCAGGUACAAGAGCUUCACAGAAUGAAGAACUCUUUCAAACUGCUGGAGAAUAUCAGCCUCCACCACAUAGUGGAUAAAAUGCGUGACAGCAGUACUGGAAUUAAGCUGACCCGCAACUUGGAGCAAGGCAACAGAUACAAAGAGACCUUCACAGGCUCUGCCCUGGUGGACUGGCUCAUCUCCAACAGCUUUGCUGUGUCGCGGUUUGAGGCCGUCACCUUGGCUUCCAUGUUGAUGGAGGAGAACUUCACCAAGCCCGUGGGAGCCCGCAGCAUUGAGGCCAUGCGCUACAGCGACCUCUCUGAGCAGUUCCUCGACGACUCUACCGCACUGUACAUGUUUGCUGAGAGCAGUAAGAAAAUGCUCAGCUCCAAGGAAGAGCUACAAUUUAACAUCUCUGAAUUAAGUGGCACGAUUGUGAAGCAAGGAUUCUUAGUGAAACAGGGACACAAGAGGAAAAACUGGAAGGUGAGGAAAUUUGUUUUGAGAGCUGAUCCUGCUUUCUUGCACUACUAUGACCCCACUAAGGAAGAAAACAAGCCAGUAGGUGGAUUUUCUCUUCGUGGCUGUCUUGUCUCAGCUCUGGAGGACAAUGGAGUCCCAGCAGGAGUGAAAGGCAAUGUACAAGGCAACCUUUUCAAAAUCAUCACCAAAAAUGACAUUCAUUAUUAUAUCCAGGCCAGCUCCAAGGCAGAGCGAACACAAUGGAUUGAGGCAAUCAAACCACUGACAUGAGUAAGGUGGACUCAAUGGCAAAAGAAAAGUCACACUUGUGACCAAGUUUCCUGCUCCCUUUGUCUGGCUUUUUUUUUUUUUUUUUUUACUAUGGCAUUUUAUUUUUGUUAUUUGUAUUUCCAUAACACCUAGCAAAUUCCUGACAGACCAGAAUUCUAGGUGCUUAGGAGUCACACAGAUCUGGAAUAAUUCUCCACCAGGAAUUUACCGUCUAACCAAGAGACAAAGGACAACAGGUGGAUACAGACAAAUGAUGUUUUACAAGGAAACAAUGAGAUAUACUAUUCCAAGAUGGAAGAAAAAAGAAUCUCUUGUACAAGUAUUCAGUCUAUAUCUGACAGAUCCAGGUUGUGCUUUAUUCUAAAGCAGAAAUGUCUUGCUCCUUUCCCCUUUAUAAAGGGGCUCAUAAACUUAAUUAUUUCAUGUGGAUAGAAUCAAGGUGUGUGAACGUCACAGUCUGAAAGGUCCUGGUGUCUGAGACUGCCUGAUACACUGUGAAAGAAUCUUGUGCUAAGUCGCAAUUAUGUGCUGGGAUAAUUGCUACCGGGAAACAGACUGGGGGUCUCUUUGUCCAUCCGUCUGCUCUACCGUUUGGCUCUCUGUUAUGCCAGAAAAGACCAAAGGAUUCUCAUCUCCAGUACAUCCAUUAUUCUUGUGCUGUUAAUGACCCAUCGUAUUACACGAUCCCGAGUAUCAGAUCAGUGGCAUUUAUUCUAGACAAUGGCUGGUGCUGACUAUAGUGGAAAAAAUCACUCAGCCCUAAAAGCAAGACUUCCUCAUGUUUAUCACCAUGAAUCCAUUUAUGUGGAGCACCGUGUGGACUGAGAACUCUAAUAGCAAUUCUCAUUAUUGCUUUUUUUUUUUUACUUUAAGCCAUUAAAUUUUCAAUUAUGUGUCUAGCAAGCUUGACUCUGAUAUCAUUAAACAUAUAUU